AUGGUCAUCGCAGCAGCGUGGGUCUACGGGCAGCGUCUUAUGUCAGUGUACGGGAGGCAGCUAGCUGCAUUACCGUAUCACGAAGCCAUUUAUCACGAAGAGAUUUAUGGCGAAGAGAUUUAUGGCGAAGAGAUUUAUGGCGAAGAGAUUGAUGUCAGAGAGACUAAUGACGGAGAGACUGAUGACGGAGAGAUUUGUGGCGAAGAGAUUGAUGUCAGAAAGAUUUAUCACGAAGAAAUUGAUGUCGAAGAGAUUUAUCACGAAGAGAUUUAUGGCGAAGAAAUCGAUGACGGAGAGACUUAUCACGAAGAAAUCGAUGUCGAAGAGACUUACCACGAAGCGAUUGAUGGCGAAGAGAUUGAUGUCGUAGUAGCGACACGUAGGCAUCUUUGCCUCUAG